CUGACUUACCAAGAGCAUUCUGCUCUGAAGUGUCGACGCGUGAGCGCAGAAUAUUUAGUUGAUCUUGACUUUAUCAUAACAAUGUCGAGAUAUAUAUUACUUUUGUGUAUUUUAUCAGGACUCGUGGCCCUAUCGACGGCUUCGUUGUCGAUUUUGCUGGUGCAACCUCUUACGUCGACCAGCCAUCACAUCUGGACGAUGACUUUGGUCAAAGGAUUGCUCCAAAAAAAUCAUCGUGUACACGUAGUGAGCAUCCACGAGGCCAACGUCAACGAUGAUUUGGCACGGAAUUUGACAUACACUGUUUUCGAGGAUGUGAUGAAAGAGGUACACGAAACCGACGUUAACAAUUUAGUUGCAUUGCGGAACCUCAAUGCAUUUUAUUCCGCAUACUUUGUGUAUUCUUGGAGCAUUGCUGCAUGUGAAAAAAUAACACAAACCAAAGGGGCGAAGGAACUUCUGGAAAUUAUCAAGCACAAUGAAUUUGACGUUAUAGUGCAGGAUGUUUCAUUACAACAAUGCCUGUAUGGAUUAUGGGAGGUUGCAAAAGGCAAACCACCUGUAGUAGGCUUGAUCCCGUUCGGUCCUGCACCUUGGCUGAACCAUUAUAUAGGCGGCCCACAUUACCCUAAUGUGCGAUCUUACAUAUAUACAGGCUCGAAACCUACGAAUCUCUGGCAAAGAACGUUAAACGUUCUUCAUUUCAUCGUAGAUGAUUUUAUCCGAUACUAUUAUUUCCUGCCUGCUUGUCAGCAGCUUGCUGAGCAAUACAUAGGUCACGAAAUUAGGCCUUUACAAGAAAUAGAGAAAAACAUUAGUAUUGUGCUGAUCAAUACUUAUCCUACGUCCGACGGUGGGAUUCCGUUGCCGCCAAAUGCCAUAGAGAUUGGUGGGAUGCAUGCUCAAAUGCAGUCAGCCGUGACUGGGGUAAAUCCAAGAUACUCCGAGAGUAUGCGGAAAUUUCUUGAUGAAGCAGAGAAAGGAGCCAUCGUAAUAUCGUUAGGAACGAAUGUUAACUGGAGACAUAUCGGAAUAGAUAAGCUAAAGGUUGUCGUACUUGCUCUGUCGAAACUGAAGCAACGAGUACUCUGGAAAUUAGACGAUGAGAUGUCACAAUUAGUCACAAUGCCGGAUAACAUAAUGUCCGUUCAAUGGCUUCCUCAAAACGAUGUAUUGAAUCAUAAGAACGUAAAAGCAAUCUGGACGCACGGCGGUCUUCUCAGCAUGCAGGAAGCCAUCUGGAAAGGUAUACCAGUGGUCGGGAUGCCUUUCUGCGUAGAUCAAGUGUACAAUAUAGAAAAUCUAGUAGUCAAAGGUGCAGGUAUACGCUUGGAUUUUGAUACAUUAUCCACACAGUCCGUAUCGAAUGCACUUGAAGAAAUAGUUUACAAUAAAAGUUAUAUGGAAAAUAUGAAACGAUUGUCCAAGGAAUAUCGAGAUCGUUCAUUGCCGCCGUUGGAUCUAGCGAUUUGGGGUAUUGAAUACGCCGUUCGCAAUCCGAACGGAAAUUUAGCAUCAUCAAUUAGAUCUCAGAGCUGGAUGGAGCAAAAUCUGAUCGAUGUCUAUGCAAUUUUGUUUCUUGCUCUUGUCGUAAAUUUGUUAUUUAAUUUCUUUGUACUGAAAAUGCUGUAUAAUUGUUUUUGCAAGAGCACUCCAUCUAAAUCACGUAAAGACAAACAAAUGUAAACCAUUAAGAUAUUGAUAGCUUAAUUAUGUUAUUAGGUAUAAUAAUGAUUAAGAUAUUAACAUCUUAUUGUUAUUAUAUCUAUGUUAAUAUGAAGAACUAUUUAUACAAAAUUUGUAAGUAAUAGCUUCUUCUCUUAUUGUUUUGUUAUUAUUGAUAAAAUAGAUUCUAUAUGCCAACAUGGAUAAGGUGAUAAUAGUAAACUUAGUAAAAAUAUAGUAUAAGUACAAAUAUAGUACAUAAAUAUAGUACAAAUAUAAAAAAAUAAGUUACUGCAACGUACAUUUAUACAAAACUUAUAUCGACAGUCGACAGACGAAAAUACUUUUCGUGCGUAGCAGCUAUCGCAAUAAGUAAAAUAUAUAUAGUAAGAUACAUGUAUAUGUAUAUGUACGUUAUAUUUUAUACAAGAAUUUUUAUAUAACAGUUUGUAUGAAUGUAAUAAAAAGAUAUAUUGUUAAAGUUCUUAUAAUCCAAGACUAUGGGUGCGAUUUCAUAACAGUUCGCGUAGAAAAAUAUUAUAUGCUAAUUUAUACCUAAUGAGGUUAUACAUUUUUUAUUAAAACCUUAAAUUUUUAUAAGUAUUUUUUCUAUUCUAGAGAUGUUUAAUUCCGUAAUAUCUAAUUUCCCAUUUCAAUAGUCAUUAUAUCUUGUAUAUAAUCAGAAAAUUAAUUUUGAGUAUGUUACCAAUCUGUAUUGCAUAAAUAAAUAAUUGCGUGCAUUUUGAAA